AUGUCAGGAGCUCUAACUUGCUCUGUGGCCGAUCUCUCCGCCCUUCUCGGUCCAAACGCCACCGCGGCGGCCGACUACAUCUGCGGCCAGUUAGGCACCGUUAACAACAAAUUCACCGAUGCAGCCUUCGCCAUAGACAACACUUACCUCCUCUUCUCCGCUUAUCUCGUCUUCGCGAUGCAGCUCGGCUUUGCUAUGCUCUGUGCUGGCUCCGUUAGAGCCAAGAAUACGAUGAACAUCAUGCUCACAAAUGUCCUUGACGCUGCAGCCGGAGGACUCUUCUACUAUCUCUUUGGUUACGCCUUUGCCUAUGGAGGAUCCUCGGAAGGAUUCAUCGGAAGGCACAACUUUGCUCUUAGGGACUUUCCGACUCUCACCGCCGAUUACUCUUUUUUCCUCUACCAAUGGGCGUUCGCAAUCGCGGCCGCAGGAAUCACAAGCGGUUCCAUCGCGGAGAGGACUCAGUUCGUGGCUUACUUGAUCUACUCUUCCUUUUUAACCGGAUUUGUUUACCCGGUCGUCUCUCACUGGUUUUGGUCACCUGAUGGAUGGGCUAGUCCUUUCCGUCCAGCGGGAGACCGUUUGUUUAGCACCGGAGCCAUAGAUUUCGCUGGCUCCGGUGUUGUUCACAUGGUUGGUGGGAUAGCAGGAUUAUGGGGUGCUCUAAUCGAAGGUCCUCGUCGUGGCCGGUUCGAGAAAAGUGGACGUGCUAUUGCUCUACGUGGCCACUCUGCUUCCCUCGUUGUCUUAGGAACGUUCCUCCUUUGGUUCGGUUGGUACGGUUUCAACCCCGGUUCCUUCACCAAGAUCCUCGUUCCAUACAAUUCUGGUUCCAGCUACGGCCAAUGGAGCGGAAUCGGGCGAACAGCGGUUACAACCACGCUGGCGGGAUGCACGGCAGCUCUAACUACACUCUUUGGAAAACGCCUCCUCUCAGGUCACUGGAACGUAACUGACGUUUGCAACGGUCUACUUGGUGGAUUUGCGGCCAUAACGGCAGGUUGCUCCGUGGUGGAGCCAUGGGCAGCAAUAGUAUGCGGUUUCGUGGCUGCCCUUGUCCUUUUCGGAUGCAACAAGCUCGCAGAGAUCGUACAAUACGAUGAUCCGCUCGAGGCAGCGCAACUUCACGGUGGGUGCGGUGCGUGGGGGCUUAUAUUCGUGGGACUUUUUGCAAAGGAGAAGUAUCUAAACGAGGUUUACGGGGCGACUGUGGGAAGGCCGUAUGGGCUUUUAAUGGGCGGAGGAGGGAAGCUAUUGGGAGCACAAUUGGUUCAAAUACUUGUGGUUGCAGGAUGGGUUAGUGCCACAAUGGGAACACUCUUCUUCAUCCUCAAAAAGCUCAACCUGCUUAGGAUCUCGGAGAAAGAUGAGAUGGCCGGUAUGGAUAUGACGCGUCACGGUGGUUUUGCUUAUAUCUACUAUGAUAAUGAUGACGAGUCUCACAGGGCCAUUCAGCUUCAAAGAGUAGACCAUGGAUCUCCUCUCCCUCGCGUUUAA